GUAGAAUCAACGCCUCACGUUCAUCCAGACCUGGCAGCUAGGCUAAACAACCUUGGAAACAAGCUUGGUCGGCGGUAUGAACGGACGGGAGAGACGAAGGACCUGGAAGAGGCAAUCCAGGCAGUAAGACAAGCUGUAGAAUCAACGCCUCACGACCAUCCAGACCGGGAAGGCAGGCUAAAUAACCUUAGAAUCAAGCUUAAGAGCCGGUAUAGACAGACGGGGCAGAUAAAGGAACUAGAAGAGGCCUCAACCGAUCUCCUCGAGGCUUAG